AUGGCGGCUUCGCUUCGUUGUCUCCCCGCAAGCUGUAACAACAAAUGGUACUACAGCCGACAAGAGAUAGACAACAACCCGUCACGGCGAGCCGGACUCGAUCCGGACAAGGAGCUCUCGUACAGACAACAGGCGGCCAACCUGCUGCAGGACAUGGGACAGCGGCUCAAUGUAUCCCAGCUUACAAUUAACACCGCCAUCGUGUACAUGCAUCGCUUCUACAUGGUCCAGUCCUUUACCAGAUUUCACAGAAAUGUCAUUUCCCCCGCGGCACUUUUCCUGGCCGCCAAGGUCGAGGAGCAGCCCCGAAAACUGGAGCACGUUAUCAAGGUGGCUCACGCCUGUCUCAAUCCGCAGGAGCCCUCGCCAGACGUACGCAGCGAUGCCUACCUGCAACAAGCCCAAGACCUGGUCAUUCUUGAGAGCAUAAUACUCCAGACCUUGGCGUUUGAAAUUACCAUUGACCAUCCCCACACGCACGUGGUCAAGUGCACCCAGCUGGUCCGAGCAAGCAAGGACCUGGCUCAAACGUCUUAUUUCAUGGCAACCAACAGUCUCCACCUGACCACCUUCUGCCUGCAGUACAGUCCGCCGGUCGUGGCUUGCGUGUGCAUCCAUCUGGCCUGCAAGUGGUCUAAGUGGGAGAUUCCUGUGUCGACGGAUGGCAAACACUGGUGGGAGUACGUCGACCCCACCGUCACCCUCAAGCUUCUGGAUGAGCUCACGCACGAGUUCCUGCAGAUUCUGGAGAAAACCCCCAGCAGAUUGAAACGGAUCCGCAACUGGAAGGCGGGAGGUCAGACACCGAAGGCCAAGCCCAAAGUCCAGGAGGAGGGCGACCAGAGGGACACCAUGAUGAGCAUGAUCUCCAUGGCGUCAUCUGAGAGCACCGUGGCCGGCCUGAUGAGCCUCUCGGCGUCCUCCGCCUCCUCGUCCGCGGAAAAAGUCAGGGGCGCGCCCGGCAGCGCGGCCACCUGGAGCGGUAAAAGUCAAGGGGCGUCGGAACAGCAGUCCAACCACGAGGUCCACGCCCCAGCCCCCGCCAAGGUAUCGUUGAGCGAGUACCGGGCCAAGAACGCCGACGUCCUGGCCGCGCAGAAGAGGAAGUUGGAGAACAUGGAGGCCAGCGUUAAGAGAGACUACGCCAACGCCGCCCAGGUUCUCAUCGGUCAGCAGCAAAGGAAGGAAAAACAGCAGCACCAGUCCGGCGCCUCUUCUUCCGACCCGUCUAACUCGUCGCCCAUUAUUUUGAAAAUCCCCCUGGAGAAGGAGAGACACGAUCGAAGCUCUCUGAAAAUGAGGUUCCCCCUCGCCGGAGGAGGCGGCGCCAGAGGGCAGGACCAGGACAUCAAAGUGCGCAUUCGUGUGCCCGAUAAGCAGAGAGGAAGCUCGGGGGAGGAGGGGAAGAGCAGGGACAAGCACAGAGGGGAGCGCUCCAACCACCAUCACCACCACCAUCAUCACCACCAUCACCACCACCACCCGCAGUCCUCCGGCAGCAGCGGUGCCUCCCUGUCUUCCUCGCACAAACACUCUUCUGGCGGCGCGGUCGCAAGUGGCAAAAAAGUCCCCAACGAUUCCACCCGUAGCGGGUCGUCGUCGCGCAAGAGGGCGCACCCCCAGGACGCUUCUCCGUGGUCCCACCCGCCUUCCAAAGUGGCCAAGUCUUCACGGAAUCCCUACCAGCUACCAUCCCUGCCUUCCUCCUCCGACAUCCUCCCCGCGCUGGGCCCACCGGCGAGCUACCCGCACCCCAAAGGCGACAAAACGGACACCAACGGACACGGCGCCACGGGCGGCGGCCAGUCCAACGAGUAUCAGGACACCUUUGAAAUGUUAAACUCUCUUCUCAGUGCUCAGGGCGUGCAACCCUCGCAGCCGUCGGUCUUUGACUACAGAUCCCAGUUCGGGGACUACAAGUACUCCUCCAGGGGUGGCCACGCUCGGCCCCCGCCCCUUCCCUCAGACCCCCCUCCCCCGCUUCCGCCGUUACCCAAAUGA